UGGGCUCGGCCGCCGCCUCCGCCCGGCCGCCCGCCCGGACUGUCGCGGCCCGCGGUGGCGACGGCGGCGGCAGCAAAGUUUCCCCGGCGGCGACCCGGGGCGCAUCCUCCCGCAACUGUCAAGCGCUGGCGGCGGAAAUGAUGAGGCGCUGGCCAUUUUCCGAGCCCGGGUUUCCUGCCUGAGCCCCGCUCGAUAGAGCCGCGAGCCAGGAGCCGGCGCGCGGAGAGAGCGCUCCCGGGCGGGGGCCCACCCGCCCCCUCGGGGUUUCGGGGGGCCGGAGGCGCGCGACGCCAUGGGCCGGCCGGGCCCGGACCCCCCGUGUCUCAGCCUGGCCGCGCCACCUCGCUCUCCGCCAUGAACGGGCCCACCCUGCAGCCCUCCUCGGCCUCGUCCGCGUCCUCCGCCUCGUCGCCCGCGGCGUCCCCGCGGGGCUGGAGCGAGUUCUGCGAGCUGCACGCGGUGGCCGCGGCCCGGGAGCUGGCCCGCCAGUACUGGCUCUUCGCCCGCGAGCACCCGCAGCACGCGCCGCUGCGCGCCGAGCUCGUGUCGCUGCAGUUCACCGACCUCUUCCAGCGCUACUUCUGCCGCGAGGUGCGCGAGGGCCGCGCGCCCGGGCCGCCGGGGCGCGACUACCGGGAGACGGGCCGCGGGCCCCCCGCCAAGGCCGACGCGCCCCGCGCAGAACCGGGCCCGGGCCCCGGCGCGCCCAGCCUGCCCAAGGCCCGCAGCUCGGAGGAGCUGGCCCCGCCGCGGCCGCCCGCGCCCUGCGCCCUCCAGCACCUGCGCCACAGCCUGCGCCACUUCUUCCGCCGCCGCUCGGCCGGGGAGCUGCCAGCCGCCGGGGCCACGGGCGAGGCCGGCGAUGCCCCCGCCAGGCCCGGCCUGGCCAGGAAGCUCCUGCCCUGGAGCCUGGCUCGGGAGCCGCCGCCCGAGGCCCUCAAGGAGGCGGCGCUGCGCUACAGCCUGGCCGACGAGGCCUCCAUGGACAGCGGGGCGCGCUGGCAGCGUGGGCGGCUGACCCUGCGGCGCGCCCCCGACGGCGCGGACCGCGUGCUGGAGCUCUUCGACCCGCCCAAGAGUUCAAAGCCCAAGCUACAAGCAGCCUGUUCCAGCAUCCAGGAAGUCCGGCGAUGCACACGCCUCGAGAUGCCCGACAACCUCUACACUUUUGUGCUGAAGGUGAAGGACCGGACAGACAUCAUCUUUGAGGUGGGAGAUGAGCAGCAGCUGAAUUCGUGGAUGGUUGAGCUCCGGGAGUGCACAGGCCAAGGCAGGCUGGAGAACACAGACCCAGAAAUGCAUAUUCCCUCAGCCCUAGAGGCCGGCACAUCCAACUCUCCAAGGGGAAGCACAGAUUCCUUGAACCAAGGUGCUUCUCCUGGGGGGUUGUUGGACCCAGCCUGCCAGAAAACAGAUCACUUCCUGUCCUGCUACCCUUGGUUCCAUGGCCCCAUCUCCCGAGUGAAGGCAGCUCAGCUGGUUCAGCUGCAGGGUCCUGAUGCUCACGGAGUGUUCCUGGUACGGCAGAGUGAGACCCGGCGUGGGGAGUAUGUGCUCACAUUCAACUUCCAGGGCAUCGCCAAGCACCUGCGCCUGUCACUGACGGAGCGGGGCCAGUGCCGCGUGCAGCACCUCCAUUUUCCCUCGGUGGUGGACAUGCUGCACCACUUCCAGCGCUCACCCAUCCCACUCGAGUGUGGGGCUGCCUGUGACGUCCGGCUGUCCAGCUAUGUGGUAGUCGUCUCCCAGCCACCAGGUUCCUCCAACACUGUCCUGUUCCCUUUCUCCCUGUCUCACUGGGAUUCAGAGCUGGGCCUUCCCCACCUUAGCACUUCUGGCUGCCCGCGGGGGCUCAACCCAGAGGGUCUCCCAGGCCGAUCCUCUCCCCCAGAGCAGAUCUUCCACCUGGUGCCUUCGCCUGAGGAACUGGCCAACAGCAUGCGGCACCUGGAGCCCGAGCCUGCCAGUCGAGCCCGGGACUCAGACUACGAAAUGGACUCCUCCUCCCGGAGCCACCUGCGGGCCAUAGACAAUCAGUACACACCUCUCUGACAGGCAGUGAGGAAGGCCCAGGCCUCACAGACGCCCUCAAGGAGCACAAGCAAGCAGAGAUGGGAACCUGUGAAUGUAACUGUCUUUUCUUCCUUUCAGAGAGAGAUUUAAGGGACACUGUUAACAGCUUGUCCCAGUUUGGAUGUGACCCUUCUAUUAGGCCUGUUAAAGGGCCUCCUAUAAGUCUCAUCCAUCACCUGGCUUUCUCCUUAUUGUUUACAGAUGUAGUUCUUGUUCACAGAUGCCACUGGCUCCUGCCCUGGGUCCUGGACCAGUCCCGUUACUCUGAGAGGAGGCGGUGGGGUGAGGGCCAGAGCUGGCAGUGGAAACUCGUUCUCUUUUUCACUGACACUGUCACAGAUGAUGACAGGCUUUCUACUGGGUGUUGGGGGGGUCAUCAGGAAGCCCAAAACACUAACAAGCCCUGGAUUCUCAUAUGGUUUUCCCGUUAUAGCUUCAGUCCAUGUGGUAGGGCUGCUGUACCCACACCACAGGUGACCACAACUAUCCUGCUUUGACUCUCAGCUUUAGGACAAGCUCUGGCAGAUGGACAAGCUAAAGGUCAAAAAUGAUUUUAAACAUUUUACCUCAGAUUAAUUUUUCAAAGGAUUCAGGUUUCAAAACUAAACCAUUGCUUAUUUCAUUGCACUGUUUGAACUAAUACCCAUGUGAUUUUUGUAGACAGCUAUGCAAACCCAACUUGACUAGUUCCCGGUCUGCGCCAGCACACCUGGCUUCCUUGUCUACUGCAUCCUCAGGACAGUCACCUGCUGCUGAGUAGCCACUGUCCUUCCUAAAUGUAGAGAAGUGAAGCGUGUCACCCUCAGGGAAAUUCAGGCAGUUACUGAAAUAGGAGGCUGGCAAGGAACAGUUCUACCCUGGUGCCUUACGAAUAAAAACUGGAUUCUGGUUUACAGCAGCUCUAUGGUGCGAGUUAAAACUGAGGGGUGAGGGGGGACAAGCAAAAGGGGAAGGGCUCCUGAGCCCUUUCUAGUAAAUGCUUCCCAACAGGGCUGGCUCAGAGCCCCUGAAGCAUCUAAUGGCUUAUUAUAAUUAUCCCACAAGGUUUUAGGCUCAUUCUUGAGCCAAAAUGGAAGCUAGGAAUCUGGUGCCACAGCUAAUGAGAAACUCCUUUAAUAGCCCACAAUCAACAUUCUGUUCCAGCUGGUUACUGCCUCAUCUGAUGAAGAAUGUGUGUGCAUGCACACACGGGCACACACCAUCUCCAACAUCCAGGGAGGUCCUCCAGUCAAAUCGUCAUCUAUACUUGCCUUUCACAAGUGAUAUAAUUCAUAGGGGGGCUGGCUCCUCCCAGAAUUUUCACACAGAGGCUCAGAAACAAGGGUGGCAGUGACAGAGUGGAGUCUGCUGCUCCUGGCUGCCAGCAGAGUCAAUACAGCCGCCAGGCUCACCGAAGUGGCUUCUAGGAAACUGGGAGUUUAGCACAGCUCAACAUUUAUAGAUAACAUCAAUCAGAGGCUAAAAUUAAACCUUGGCCUAAAACUAACUGAUGACUGCCUUAUCUGGGGGUAAGGGUUUGGUCUGCUCCCUCCAACCAUUCUCUACUUCAAGGGGUCAGAAGUCAGACUUUUGCUUCUAGAAUUUUCUGUGGUGUUUUUUUGGUGGGGAGGGGGAGAGGCAAGCAGCCACCUCUUCACUUUUAAACCAAUAAUCCUGGGUGUUUUCACCGAUUGUAAAGCAGGUCUAACCCUGAUCCAGAUUUGUGGUUCAUUUCUAAGGACACUUGUCUUCAUUUCCUACACAUCAAGUAGGUUUCUCUAAGUAACGAAUGCUAAGCAAAGUGUGAACCAGAUGAGUAAGCACUAUUCUGGAUUUCUCUUUCAAAAGAGAAAGCUCAUCACUGAAAGUCAAUGCUGACAAGUCACUGUUCCAGAUUUGCCCCUUGUCUGCACAGAAAAGGGGCCAAGUAGACAAUGAACCAGGAAAGUUCCCUCCCUCCAGCCAGAAGUGGGGGACAUGACAUCUUCAAACCAGGGGCACUCACUUCUUAGCAGCCUCUCAAUAUACAAUUCUCAGGUAGUGCCAAGACACAAGCCAGGCACAGCAAACUAGCAGUUCUGACCCACUGACCACAAAGUUCAAGCUCAGACUGACAGAAUUGGAAGUCACCCACCUCCAGACUGCCUCGGUGUCAAAUGUUCAAGAAAAACCUUUCCUUUCUAAACGUGUCCCAGUUACCAGGACAGCUGAAAUACAUUCCAACAAAAAGCUCCCUCAUGGCCUGGGAGGAAGUGACACUAAGCCAAUGCCUUUUCUUUCUAGUAGAGCAGGUCAGGCUGAAGGAAAGGGAGCAGUGGGUCCCUGGGCUUAGUGCCCUCAUAGGCAGUGAGGCAGUGACCCUGCUGGCUGCAGCCAGCCCACCGAGGUCAUAGCACAUUCCACCACCCUCCUUCCAGUCCCGAUGUGACUGCUGCUGGCAACAAAAGGCCAAGCCACCAGUCUCCACUGAGAGCUCAGGCUCUGAGUGCCAAAUGGAUAGUGAGCAUCAUGAUCCCUCCAGUUAUCUUUAAUUACAGACAACAAGGAUAGCGUGACAGCUGCCAGCACCAUCACUUCCUUCAUCUGACUUUAAUGAACUUUUACAAACUAACAGUCACCAGCACCAAAGAAUUAAGUCAACUAACCUGCCUUGAAUUUAGACCAGCAAUCCAUAUGGCUUUAUCUGGUAUAAAUCUUCUGCCUUUGAUCAUUUCUGGACCGUGCAGGAAAAAGGAAUAGCAAUCAUUAAAAUCUUAGGCCACAGAACACUAUUUUUACAUAACAGUUUCUUAACCUCAAAUCAAGGCCUUGAACUCUUCCCUAAGGGUUGCCUGAGAUUCCUUCAUGCUUUUAUUCAGGGCUGAGUCUCUUAUCGCAAAUGUCAUGUAAGCGCUAACAUCUCCCACAGGCUAGAGGAACUUGAUAGUAUAUUAUCCACUGCCUCUUAACAAGGACACAUCUGACAUCCAGUGUUUGGUUGGAAUAAACAGCACGUUGUAAUGACAACACAGAUAAUGGAUUCAUCUUGUACCAUUAUAGGCAGAAGGUAUUUGGCAAAUUUUUAUGUAUUGUUUAUGUACUGUACAAGUAACUUAUUCUUGAAUAAUGCAAAUUUUGCUAUAAUGUACAAAUUGCUACAUGUGAAUUAAAAAAAAGUUUUCACAAUC